UAGCAGUUUGUUGUCCGUCCGACCAACCUUAUCUUCCAAGACCGCGGUUGUAGUUGUAGUAGUAUUAUAGUUGUUGUAUCACGCAAUCGCCGCUUGACGCGAACACGGCGAACGAAAACCUUGCUAUCGUCUUUGGGUGUAUAUUAUAAUGUUCCGACAUAACCUCAAUCAUUGAAAAUGCCUUUUUAAAUCUUUUAGGAACACUGAAUCCCGUAUCUAAUAUCCGUUUGUAAAUUGGUUGCAUACAUGCACUUGAACUGCACAUGUAGUAGUUCGUAGUUGUAGGUAUAACUUUCCCGACACUCGACAGAGUCGACAGUUCUGAUAAAUUUAUUGCCACCGUUGGUCGGAUACUCGGGUGUGUGCAGUUCGUUAAUUUUUUUUUUUUUGUGAACGAUUGAUUUGAAUUUAGUCUAAAUGUAACGCAAACUAUUCGUCUGCGAUGGUGGUGGCCGCUGGAGUUGGGCCUGUUUCGAAGUGAUAUCGAAGGCGAACAACAAGUAGAACAAUUUUGGUGACAAUACAUUAACAGAUUAACAUGGAUCAGUACAGUGCUAAGGCACUGAUCAUUGCUUUGUCGAUAGUUUCGAGACUAUUUUUUGGUUUCACCCCAUUACUUGUAUCCAGAAAACUGUUAACCAACAAAUCUACAGAUUCACUAACAUCAAAAACAUUGGAGUAUCUAGUUUCAUUAUGCUUAAGUUUGGGUGGAGGUGUGUUGCUAGCUACCUGUUUUGCUCAUCUAAUACCAGAAGUGAGGGAGAGCCUCAUUGCAAAUUUGCCGGAAGACUAUCAUCAUUAUCCACUUACUGAACUGGUUGUUUGUAUGGGUUUUUUUCUUGUCUACUUUGUUGAAGAGUCUGUUAAGCAUUUUGUUAAAAAACACAAGAAACGCAGUAAAGCGAAAACUACACAACACUGUGACAGACUAUUACAAUGGACAAACAGUCAGUUGACAGCAGUCAAGUCUGCUGAUGAUGUUAAUUCUGUUAGUGUAGAUCAAGGAACUGGAACUCCAGAUUGCCAAAUUGAACAAAAUAAUAAUGAAAUGUCACAUGUACAUAAUUUAAGAAGUCUAUUAGUUGUACUGGCAUUAUCAUUUCAUUCUGUUAUGGAAGGACUAGCUAUUGGCUUAGAAGAAAAUAUGGAAAAUAUGGGUUUCCUGUUUUUAGCUGUUUCUAUUCAUGAAUGUACUAUAUUAUUUUGUAUUGGCAUAAAAUUGGUGACUUCGUGUUCGUCUUUGACAAAUAUUGUUUUAAAUAUUGUCGUUCUUACUCUGGUAUCGCCUUUUGGUAUAUUGUUGGGAUUGUUAUUAACAUUAAAUACAUAUGAUUUGGACCAGAAUUAUCAUACAAUUGGAAAUGCUACUUUACAAGGCUUAGCUGCUGGUACAAUCCUAUAUGUUACAUUUUUUGAAGUACUAGAUCGAGAAAGAAAAAAGGACACAGCGCCUGGUUUGCUCAAGUUACUGUUAACUAUGAUUGGAUUUUUUUUUAUGGUUAUGUUAGAAAUUUUUGGUGGACAUACCCAUAAAGAAUUCGAUCAUGGACAUAACAACUGCUCUACACCUCAUAUUCAUGGACCUUAACAUGUAUUAUUAUUGAUCAUUUCAGAUGUAUUUGUUACCAGAUGUAUUUACUGGACAUAUUAAAAUAAUAAUAACCUGUACUCCUUAAACAUAUGCAGUUCGCCUGUGUAACUUUAUAAAAGUCCAAAAAAUACUUCUGAAAUGAAUUUCACUCAAUUACUCGCCUGGCAUUAAGAUUAAAUUAAGUUGUAACACGAAUCAUUUUUAACGAUCUUCCAUUAUAUUAAUUUUAUGCAUAAAUAAUAUAUAAAAUAAUAUUCCAUUAUGGAUUAUUUUUUUUAUUUUGACGGAAUGUAAACUUUAUACGAUUUAUUAUACAUAAUAUGUAUUUGACUUGAAAUUAGUUUUAACUUUGUUUUAGUGUUCCUCACAAUUAACUAAAACAACCAUGAAUUUAGUUUGUAAUAUUUUUUAGUUAGGUAGUUUAGUUUCAAUAUUUUUAUAUUAUUUUGGGUCAUGUUACAGCUGUAUACUUUUUUAACUAAUUAUUUAUUUACAUUGUAAAAAUUAUUUAUAUUUAAAAAAAAAACUUUUGUCAAUUGAAACUAAACAAAAUUGAUUCUUAAAUGGAUACAUAAUAUUUUGUUAUAGCUCUAAUACAAGGAAUGGACAUGUACACUUAUUUUGUUCAGUAUUUUUUGUUUGAAAAAUAAAUGUUGUAAUUCAUAAAUAUGUUAAAUUUUACUUGUAACAAUUUGUUAUCAGAAUCAAGAAAAUUUUAUGGUAAAUACCAUGCCAAUAAAU